GGGUGAUGAGAGAGAGAGUUGUUGGGUGCGGGCACGGAGAAGCUGCGGCGUUGAGUGUUGAGGGCUUAUAUUUAUUUUUUCUUAUCAGAGAUUUGCGUUUAUGUUCCGGCGGGGCGGCGUGAUUGAAGCACAUAGAUGGGAUUCGUUGUUGACUUGUGAAGGUUGUGGUGAAGGCGCAGUGGUGAGUCGUGGGGAAGGAGGAGGAGGAGGUGUCGGGAAUGUUGCGAGGUGUGGUGUGGGGAGCGUGAAUGGAAGCGUUGGUGCCCAGGGGGAAGGACUAUCGGUGCUUGAGUGGGUGCCGGAGGUCUGAGAAGGGAUUGUGCGGGGGUUGUUGUUGUUGCGACAACACGGUGGUGUAGAGUAGUAGUAGAAGCGAUGGGUGGGAAUGAUGAAAUGGGAAAUGUGGAGGAGGAGAGCCUGCCGCCUCCGCACCUUGAUCUGUACGAGCCGCUCCUGGAGAAGGAGAAGGUUGCUACAGCUGGUAACGCAAAUGGGAACGUCAUCAAUGGUACCCAUCACACGGCGAUGAUCGGCACAAGGGUUGCACCUAUUGAGAGUCUUGAUUAUGAACUCGUUGAGAACGAGCUAUUCAGACAAGACUGGCGUUCCAGGAAAAAACGAGAGAUCUUACAGUAUGUCGCGGUGAAGUGGACAUUUGUGUUUCUUGUCGGCAUUUUAACUGCUAUUGCUGCCUUGGGGAUCAACACUGCCGUGGAGAACAUUGCUGGAGUGAAAUUUCUGCUUACAGUUAAAUUCAUGGAGUCAAACAGGUUUGUAUGGGCGUUUUUGGUCUACGCCGGUUUCAAUGUGAUGUUGGUCAUGAGUGCUGCGCUCCUAUGUGUGUACAUAGGCCCUUCAGCAGCAGGUUCAGGUAUUCCAGAAGUCAAGGCUUAUCUUAAUGGAGUCGAUACGCCCAACAUAUUCUCAAUUAAGACUCUUGUUGUCAAGAUUCUUGGAAGCAUAGGAUCCGUAGCUGGUGGUUUAAUUGUGGGAAAAGAAGGUCCACUUGUGCAUGUGGGCUCCUGCAUUGCUUCAUUACUUGGUCAGGGAGGGUCUGUGAAAUAUGGUUUGACCUGUAAAUGGUUACGAUACCUGAAAAACGAUCGUGAUCGGCGAGAUUUGGUGACUUGUGGAGCAGCUGCUGGAGUUGCAGCGGCUUUUCGUGCACCUGUAGGAGGGGUGUUAUUUGCACUAGAAGAAGUUACCUCUUGGUGGCGAGGUCCUCUAUUAUGGAGGGCAUUUUUCACCACGGCAGUAGUUGCUGUAGUGAUACGCACCGGAAUUGCUUGGUGUAAGCAAGGACACUGUGGCAUGGCUGGUGAAGGUGGCUUGAUCAUUUUUGACGUAAGUGGAGUGCAAGAAAGCUAUGGGCUGAGAGAACUUUCCUCAGUGGCUGUUUCGGGAGUGCUAGGGGGUGUGCUUGGCAGCCUCUUCAACCAGAUUAAUGCUAAGAUUAUCGUUUGGAGUGGCACGUGGCUUAAGAAGAAGGGAAAGUUCGCUAAAAUUAUCCAGGCGAUCCUUAUUGCUCUCGUCACCUCAAUUUGCAGUUUUGGACUUCCAUUUCUUGCUAAAUGUCAACCUUGUCCAGACCAUCUUACUAUUCCUGGAGAAAAGGCGUGUCCUACCUACGGCCGUGCUGGCAACUUCAAGAAUUUCCACUGCCCCGAUGGUAGUUACAACGAUUUGGCAGGCCUUUUCUUUAACACAAAUGAGGAUAGUGUGAGAAAUUUGUUCAGCAAGGGGACUAAUGGAGAGUUUCAGUUCAGCUCCCUUUUUGUAUAUCUGACAUCCGCAUAUUCACUUGCGCUUCUCACAUAUGGUACUGCGGUACCGUCUGGGCUGUUUGUCCCGGCUAUUCUGUGUGGGGCUACAUAUGGCAGAAUUGUCGGCAUGAUUAUGGGAUCAUUUUACGUAAAUGGUCAUAUGGAUGAGGGGGUUUACGCUCUCCUAGGAGCAGCAUCAUUCCUUGGAGGCUCCAUGCGGAUGACUGUCUCCCUUUGCAUUAUAUUGCUGGAGCUGACAAAUAAUUUGCUGUUGCUUCCUCUGAUCAUGCUCGUGUUGUUGAUAUCGAAGACCGUGGGAGAUGCUUUCAACGAUGGUCUUUACUCUCUGCAUGUGCAUAUCAAGGGGAUUCCUUUCCUUGAAGCUCAUCCUCCUCAAUUUAUGAGCCAUCUGACUGCACGCGAUGCUAUUACUCGACCGUUGAUUUGGUUUUCGAAAGUUGAACGUGUUGGAACAAUUGCUGAGGUUUUGCGUAGCACAAAUCAUCACGCUUUUCCUGUAGUGGAUGACGACGUUGAAUGUAGUGGGAAACCAGUAUUUUUUGGCCUUGUUCUGAGGUCUCAUUUAUUGGUCUUGCUGAAGAAGAAGGAGUUUGCUAAAAAUAGGCUCUCUCGAUCUGAAGUGCAAAGCAGUCGCGUUACGGCAGCUGAAUUUGCCAAACCUGGCUCUGGCAAGGGGCUAACCAUUUCAGAUAUUGAGUUGACCGUAGUGGAAGAGGAGAUGUUCCUUGAUUUGACGGGUAUUGCCAAUACUUCUCCGUAUACAGUUGUUCACACCAUGUCUUUAGCGAAGGCUUACACAUUGUUUCGACAGCUCGGACUCCGCCAUCUUUGUGUCAUGCCAAGGGCUUCUGAGGGUCAACCUAUAAUUGGAUUAUUGACACGACAUGAUUUUAUGUCAGCAUAUCUUCUGAACCUCUAUCCUCACUUACGACAGAACAAUUACACAAAGAUUCAAGCUUUUACCUCCAAAAGAGAUGAACAGCUGUAGUUAAUUUUUUGAAUGUCUGCCUUAAAAAAAUUGGCCUGUGUAUACAACCAUUUAGAGCUGUUUUGGUGGAAAACAAUGAUUUGUAUUUCCGGAGGAUAGAGUAAAGCAGAAUUUUUUCUAAUUUAGUGAUAAAUGGAUAAGUAGAAUAUUCAUGAAUUUAAUUCCUCAUGUACUAUUAGAGUUUCCAGGGUAGAUAGUUUGCGUUGGCAACGGCCCCGAAUGUGAGGCUAAUCUAUCACUCUGUUAGGUGAGGACUUUGUAUUUAACUCUUUCAGGAUCACCAAAUCGUUCGAAAGUCCGAAGUCUUCGGUUUGUUGGCCUUUAUUUGACGAGCAUGUUGUGGUGAACGUCUAAUUACAUUUAUUGUAUACAUGGAUAGUUUUCACAUU